CUUCCCCACUUCUUCCGUUGUCACGUCUCCACACUCUCACGAAAACGCUAGUACACCGUGUCUUUCCUACUUACUCUCUCUAAAUAGCAAUACCAACAAUGUCUGACCGUGGUCGUGGACGUCGAGGUGGCGGUGGUAGAGGCGGUGGUGCCGGUCGAACACCGUCAUCUUCCGGUGGUCGAACACCGUCAUCUUCCUCCGGUGGUCGAACACCGUCGACUUCCGGUGGUCGUGGUGGAGAAUGGACGUCGCUUUCCGGUGGUGGUCGUGGUAGAGGAACCGUUAGUGCUCCACGACCGAUGUAUCAACAACCACAACCACAACCACAACCACCGGUUUCAUCGGUCACUCGUAGUGUAGAACAGCUUUCACUUCAACCUUCUUCAUCUACACAACCUCCUCCUGCUCCGGCACCGGCGAUAACUGCUGUACAACCUGCGCCGGCGAGUGGUGUACAACCGCCGCCGGCAUCGUCAAAGGCAGUUCGGGUUCCGGCGAGACCCGGAUUUGGAACUGCAGGACGGAAGAUUCUUAUUAAGGCAAAUCACUUUCUCGUUCAAGUUGCUGACCGAGAUCUACAUCACUAUGACAUCACGAUCUCUCCUGAGGUUCUGUCAAAGAAAGUGUGCAGAGACAUCAUGAAGAAGCUGGUUGAAGACUAUAAACAGUCACACUUGGGUGGUCGGGAUUUAGCAUAUGAUGGUCGAAAGAGUGCUUACACUGCUGGGCCGCUCCCAUUCGCCUCCAAGGAAUUCGUUGUCAAGUUUGAUAAUGAUAGUGGUGGAGCAAGGAGGGAAAGGGAGUUUAAGGUUUCCAUUAAGUUUGCUGCCAAAGCUGAUCUUCACCACUUGAAGCAGUUCUUGCAAUCUAGGCAAUCAGAUGCCCCACAAGAAACUAUACAAGCUUUGGAUGUGGUGCUGCGGGCAACUCCAUCAAUGAAUUAUGAAGUAGUGGGAAGGUCGUUUUUCCAUACUUCGUUGGGAGAGAAGGGUAGACUCGGUGAAGGUUUGGAGUACUGGAGAGGGUAUUAUCAGAGUCUUCGACCAACUCAGAUGGGCCUUUCUCUCAAUAUUGAUAUGUCAGCCAGGGCAUUCUAUGAGUCCAUUUAUGUCUCUGAUUAUGUUAUUGGGUACUUGAAUCUCAGGGAUUCUAACAGGUUUAUGUCUGAUGUGGACCGUUUGAAGGUCAAAAGGGUCCUGAAAAGUGUUAAGGUAGAGGUACGGCAUUCAGGUAUUAGACGCCACAAGAUCACCGGGGUGUCUGCUCAACCAGUGAGGGACAUAAUGUUUUCCGAUGACACUGGUGCAAGGACUUCCGUUGCUGACUACUUCCGAGAGAAAUACAACAUUCGACUUAGGUAUCCAAUGUUGCCUGCGAUUCAGGCUGGCAGCACUGCAAAACCUGUGUUUCUGCCUAUGGAGCUUUGUAAAAUUGUCCCAGGACAAAGAUACACAAAAACUUUAAAUGGCAGGCAGGUCACAGAGAUGCUAAGGGCAACCUGUCAAAGACCUCAUGAGAGAGAGGCAAUCAUUAAGCAGAUUGUGAGCCGUAACGGAUAUGGUACUGAUGAAAUCGUGAAAGAAUUUGGUAUUGAAGUUGGAAGUGAGCUCGCCACCAUUGAAGCACGGGUUCUGCAACCUCCAAUGCUGAAGUAUCACGAGUCCGGGCAAGAAAAACGGGUGGAUCCCAGAGUCGGGCAGUGGAAUAUGAUUAAUAAGAAAAUGUUCAGUGGUGGCAAGGUAGAUACGUGGACGUGUGUCAGCUUCUCACGGGUUGAUCCAGAACCGCUCUGCAGGGCUCUGAUCGAUAUGUGCUGUAGUAAAGGGAUGGUGUUCCAUCCUGAGCCUUUGGUGCCCUUUCGCUCAGCUCAUUCUGGGCAGAUUGAGAAGACUCUUGGUGCUAUCAAUGAAGAGUGUACUCGUAAGCUAGCUGCUAUGGGGCAUCAAGUGAAACAUCUUCAGCUGCUAAUUGUUAUUAAUCCUGAAGUUUCUGGAUAUUAUGGAACGAUCAAACGAGUGUGCGAAACAGAUUUGGGAAUUGUGUCGCAAUGUUGCCUACCAAAGAACGUUGCUAGACCAAAUAAGCAAUAUCUUGAAAACCUUGCUCUAAAGAUAAAUGUCAAGGUGGGUGGAAUAAACUCUGUCUUGGAGCAGGCAGUUCAGGGGAGAAUACCUUUUCUCACUGAUAUGCCCACAAUUGUCUUUGGUGCUGAUGUGACACAUCCACAACCGGGAGAAGAUUCUAGUCCCUCUAUAGCUGCUGUGGUUGCGUCAAUGGAUUGGCCUGCAGUUACUAAAUAUAGGGGCCUUGUUUCUGCACAGCCCCAUAGGAAAGAGAUCAUUAUGGACUUGUACACAGAGAAGGAAGAUCCUAAAAAAGGGGUUGUUCGCGGCGGAAUGAUCAUAGAGAUGCUGAAAGCGUUUAGAAGAUCGACAAACUUGAAGCCUGGUAGAAUAAUCUUUUAUAGAGAUGGAGUCAGUGAAGGACAGUUCAACCAGGUUUUGUUGGAAGAAAUGGAUGCAAUCCGCAAGGCAUGUAAUUCGCUGGAAGAAGGUUAUUUGCCACGAGUUACCUUCGUGGUAGUGCAGAAGAGACAUCAUACACGUCUAUUCCCUGCUAAUCAUAAUGAUCGUAACCUGACAGACAAGAGUGGAAACAUUUUGCCAGGUACUGUGGUAGAUACCAAGAUUUGCCACCCUACGGAGUUUGAUUUUUACUUGUGUAGCCACGCUGGAAUCAAGGGUACCAGUCGUCCCACACAUUACCAUGUACUGUUUGAUGAGAACAAAUUCAGUGCAGAUGCCAUUCAGAAUUUAACAAACUGGCUGUGCUACACGUAUGCAAGGUGUACACGAUCAGUUUCUGUAGUGCCACCUGCCUACUAUGCACAUCUAGCAGCCUUUCGUGCACGGUAUUACAUUGAAGAUGAUGUGGUGGAUUCCAGAUCAACUAGUGGAGGUGGUGGAGCAACCAGGGAGCAGGUGAGAGAAUUCAGACCACUUCCGACGAUUCAUCCGAAUGUGACGAAUGUCAUGUUUUACUGCUAACAAUUCCCUGAUCUUUAGAUCUCUGAAUUUAGGAAUGUUCUUUUGGAUUUUUGUUAUAAACAACAGUAUGUCAUGCGCAAGUAGUUGAACUAUAUUAUCAGUCUUCUUUUUGGUCUGUGUGUUUGACACAGAUUUACAUAGUUGUUUAUGCAACUGUAUGUUGUGUUUCGAAUAUUUUGUGGUCACAACAGACGGUUAAAAGUUAAUUAUAUUUACUUACUUUUCAGUUA